AUGGCCAGAAUUCCAGUGGUAGAUUUCUCGAAAGCAGACUCCUUGAAGCCCGGAACAAGCUCUUGGCUCUCGGCACGCAAAGAUGUUUGUCGGGCACUCGAAGAUCUCGGAUGCUUCAUGGCAACAAUCCUACCCAGCAAAGUUCCUCCGGGACUUCACAAAACCAUCUUUGAUGCAUUUGACGAACAUUUUUGGCCAACUGAAAACGACCAAUUUUGUGAGAGUGUUGAUUUGUAUGCAGAAGUGAUGGCAGAGAUAGAUGAAGUUGUGACAAGAAUUCUAUUUGAAAGCUGUGGUGUGGAGAAGUACCAUGACAAUCACUUCCGAUUGACUUUUCACAAUCUCCGGCUUAUAAAAUACAAAGUACCUGAGAAACUUGGAGGUGACGUGGGUUUACGCAGUCAUACAGACAAGACCUUUUUAUCCAUAGCAGGUGAUGCAUUUAAGGUUUGGAGCAAUGGCAGAAUAAGAUCUUGUAAACAUAGAGUGACUUUGAGGGAAAAUGAGGUCAGAUACUCGUUGGGGCUAUUUUCUUUCCAGGAAGGGGUGAUACAAAUACCCAACGAGCUUAUCGACAAGGACCACCCAAUCCAAUAUAAGCCAGUGCACUUGUUGUAUAAGUUUAUGUAA